CUUAGUGGUAAAAAAAUGGCGUCGAGGGCACCAGCGACAGGCAGGCUCCUGCUUGGGAUCCGCAAAUGGUAUUAUGGCUUAAGUGGCUUCAACAAGUUUGGUUUAAUGCGUGAUGAUAUUAUCAUUGAGGAUUCUGAUGUGGUAGAGGCCCUGAGGAGGCUCCCAGAAACCGACUACAAUGACAGGAUGUUCAGGUUCAAGAGAGCCCUGGAUCUCUCCAUGAAGCAGCAAAUCCUCCCUAAAGACCAGUGGACGAAAUUUGAAGAGGAUAAACCUUACCUGACACCCUAUCUGGAGGAGGUGAUCCGUGAGAGGAAAGAAAGAGAGGACUGGAUGAAGAAAUAGCUGUUUCCUAGUCCAAGUUGUUGAUACUCGUAUUCAGUCGGUGCAUGGUUGUCUCCUGGUGUAAUUAAGAUGACAUCUUACCUAUAUAAUAUAGUGCUCAUUAAAAAUUGUACAUUUUAAAAGGUG